AUGGUCCACGCCGACGCAUCGAAUUUCCCAAGAGGCGUUUUAAAAACAGAGGCGUAUGCUCAAGUCAUCGAGCAGGCCUCGGCGCUGUUUGACGGACAGCGAAACUGGGUCUGCAAUCUCGCCAAUUCGGCUUCUCUUAUCUGGCAUGCGUUACAUUCAAUGCCAGAGCCGUCAAACCAUGCAAAUUGGGCAGGCAAUUCAAUAGAAGGUCUGACACGCGUUCUGGAAGGGUUCUACGUCCUUGAUCCGACAACUCCAAAACAGUUGAUACUAGGCCCAUUCAUGGGAAAGGUUGCCUGUCAGACUAUCAAAUUCGGCCGUGGGGUUUGUGGCAAGGCAGCGGAAACCGCUGAGACGCAAGUCAUUGAGGAUGUGCACUCGUUCCCAGAUCAUAUCGCUUGUGAUGGGGACUCAAGAAGUGAAAUAGUGGUGCCCAUACGGGUUGGUGGAAAGGUCGUCGCAGUUAUCGACGUUGACUCCACAGUCCCUAAAGCGUUUGACGAGGAGGAUAAAAAGGCCCUAGAGUCGCUAGCAGAAAUUCUCGGAACCAGUUGCGAUUGGUAA